UCAGUCGGAGCCGUGGGCCCCAGCUCUUCCGCUGCUCCAGCUCUCCCCGAACAGCUCCUAGAGAGAACUAAGGCGUGCGGAGUGCUGAUGACCAGCACCAUGCUUCUUAUGCUUGGAUCUUAGAUUUCCUCCCUCCCCAAACACUGGUUAAUAAGUCCUCCUUGUGCAUCAGCAUCCUAGGCAGAGAGAAGGAAACAAAAAGGAAAAGAAAGAAAGGGAGGGGGGAAGGAAGAGUGAAUCUUCAGCCAAGUGGAUAAGAUCAGCAAAAGAGUCAGAGAGAGAGAGAGACUGGGUGCUUUGCUUGCACAGCGGCAAAGUGGGAAUUUAAAGAGCUGCGGUGAAAAAGAGCCCAGAGAUUCCCCAACCACAACACAAGGCAUAACCUCGCAGAAUUACAGAGCCAGGUAGAAAUGACAUCAACUGGCAAAGAAGGCAGCGGAGCUCAGCACGCACAAUAUGUUGGACCGUACCGCUUGGAGAAAACCCUGGGCAAAGGACAGACAGGGCUUGUGAAGUUGGGGAUUCACUGUGUAACAUGUCAAAAAGUUGCUAUAAAAAUUGUCAACAGAGAGAAGCUCAGCGAGUCAGUGCUAAUGAAGGUGGAGCGGGAAAUAGCCAUCCUGAAGUUGAUAGAACACCCGCACGUUUUAAAGCUGCAUGAUGUUUAUGAAAAUAAAAAAUAUUUAUAUUUGGUGCUAGAACAUGUGUCUGGUGGAGAGCUCUUUGACUAUCUUGUAAAGAAAGGAAGAUUAACGCCAAAAGAAGCCAGGAAGUUUUUCAGACAAAUCAUCUCCGCUUUAGACUUCUGUCAUAGUCAUUCAAUCUGCCACAGGGAUUUAAAACCAGAAAACCUAUUGCUGGAUGAAAAGAAUAACAUCCGGAUAGCAGACUUUGGGAUGGCAUCACUGCAAGUCGGCGACAGUUUGCUUGAAACAAGUUGUGGAUCACCACAUUAUGCUUGUCCAGAAGUAAUUCGGGGGGAGAAAUAUGAUGGGAGAAAAGCAGACGUCUGGAGCUGUGGAGUCAUUUUGUUUGCAUUGUUAGUGGGUGCCCUACCAUUCGAUGACGAUAACUUGCGGCAGCUGCUAGAGAAAGUGAAACGUGGUGUGUUCCAUAUGCCACAUUUCAUCCCGCCAGAUUGUCAAAAUCUCUUGCGGGGGAUGAUUGAAGUGGAUGCCUCGAAACGGCUGACGCUAGAACACAUUCAGAAGCACAUAUGGUAUAUAGGGGGUAAGAAUGAGCCAGAACCAGAACAACCAAUUCCUCGAAAGGUGCAGAUUCGCUCUCUCCCUUCCUUGGAGGACAUUGAUCCUGAUGUUUUAGAGAGCAUGCACUCGUUAGGUUGCUUUCGUGACAGAAAUAAACUCUUACAGGACCUGCUAACAGAAGAAGAAAACCAAGAGAAAAUGAUUUAUUUCCUUCUCCUUGAUCGGAAAGAGAGAUAUCCUAGUCAUGAGGAUGAGGACCUUCCUCCUAGAAAUGAAAUAGACCCCCCCAGAAAGCGUGUGGACUCUCCAAUGCUGAACAGACAUGGGAAGCGGAGGCCAGAAAGGAAGUCAAUGGAGGUCCUGAGUGUGACAGAUGGAGGAUCCCCAGUUCCAGCUCGCAGAGCGAUUGAAAUGGCACAGCAUGGACAGAGUAAAACAAUGUUCAGUAAAAGCCUGGAUAUCUGUGACGCCAAUCCCAAAUUCAACAAAGAAGAAAGGAUGACAAGUGCUGACGCAUUGGGGUCUCGCUCAAUCAGUGGAGCUUCCUCCGGCCUGUCGACCAGCCCACUCAGCAGUCCAAGGCCUAUCAGAAAAUUUUUCAUCCCCCCUCAGACUCCUGACCUCCCUUUCACCCCCCGCCCCCAAGUCUCCCUGGACUCCGAUGCUUGUAGGAAUGCUUCCAGGCCCGGACAUGUUCUCCAGCCAAAGCCAGCACUUCAACCCAAUCCAAAGACACAGACUUUGCCAUCCAAGAGCAGAUUGGCUGAAAAACCACUCCAGUCUACCAAAUCCAAUCCCCUGCCCUCUAGCAAUGCUACAGUCCCUCCUUCCCCAAAUUCUCCUGCACAGAACACUCAGGGCCGUCCACCUGCUCCUGGGUUUAGCCCGCAGCUGGCUGUUCCUACCGUGCAAACCAACCCUAUGUCUCCUGUUAGAUUGCUCCCUUCUAGUACUGACCCAAGCACCAAAUCUAUCCCCAUCAUACAGGUCACCCCUCACCCCUCUCCAAGGGGCAGUCCCCUCCCUACCCCCAAGGGGACACCUGUCCAUACGCCAAAGGAGAGCCCAGCAGGCACACCCAACCCUACGCCACCAUCCAGCCCCAGCAUUGGAGGAAUGCCCUGGAGAACACGGCUCAACUCGAUCAAGAACAGCUUCCUGGGAUCUCCACGCUUCCAUCGCAGGAAAUUGCAAGUACCGACGCCAGAAGAGAUGUCGAAUUUAACUCCAGAAUCUUCCCCAGAGCUUGCCAAAAAAUCCUGGUUUGGUAACUUUAUCAACCUAGAGAAAGAAGAACAGAUCUUUGUGGUUAUUAAGGACAAACCGCUGAGUUCUAUCAAGGCUGACAUAGUCCAUGCAUUCCUCUCGAUCCCCAGCCUCAGUCACAGCGUCAUCUCACAGACAAGCUUCCGCGCAGAGUACAAAUCCACAGGGGGCCCUGCUGUCUUUCAGAAGCCAGUGAAGUUCCAAGUGGACAUAACAUACACAGAAGGUGGGGAGGCCCAGAAAGAGAACGGGAUCUACUCAGUCACUUUCACACUUUUAUCAGGUCCAAGCCGUCGCUUUAAGAGGGUAGUAGAAACCAUUCAGGCACAGUUGUUAAGCACACAUGACCAGCCUUCAGUGCAGCAGUUAUCAGGCAGCCCAUUGAGUAACUUCUUUGACGUAAUUAAACAACUUUUUUCAGACGAGAAGAACGGGCAGGUGAGCCAUCCCCCCGGCACGCCAACCAAGCAUAGCGCAAACAGCAAGCGGAGCGAUUCCGAUGCUAAUGACUAUGGGUCUAGAGGAGACACUAAGUACCCCGCUGGCAAAGAGAAGGCAAAGAUGGCCUCGUCACUCGGCCUACAAGACCAACCUUAAAUAAAUGCAAUUUUUAAAUAAUAAAAAAAGAGGAAAAGGAAAAAGAAACAGUCUAAAUAACUAAACACACACACACACACACGGAGAGACGCAAACGGAAAUGACUGAGUAUUCUUUAGCAAGCUAGCCUCUAAAACAGAUGGAUGUGUAUAUAUAUUGCUACAACAGUACAAAACUGUCUAUAGACAACUUUUGUAUGAAGGAAUGACUGUGUACAUAUAUAUAUAUAUUAUAUAUAUAAAACACAAACACACAUAUAUAUAUAUUUAUAUGAUAUAAUAUAAUAUAUCUCUCUGAAACAAAACACAAAAGCAAUGAGAAAAGAAAGAAAAGGUAGCACAGAUGACAAACCCAGUUUGGCAAAUCUUGGGUUGUUGUUUUUUGGUUUGUUUAUCAUCUCCAAGCUCUUUUCUUUUACUUCCUACCCCCACCCCAGUCACCUUCUGAUUUACUGCCCUGCCCUCUUUUGUCCUUGUUCUGUUUUCUCUGUGUUUCUGACACCACCGCUUGUUUCCACUCUGCUACCAGGAAUUAUCCCGAAAAGUUAACAUGUCAGCCAACAGCUUCACCUUCUGUGCUCUGCGAACACUUGUUCACGGAAGGCCACUGAUGUAAGACUGUCCACGGACUGGUUCUGUUUGGGGACUCCCAGCCUCCCCUCUCCCACUGCAGGAAAUGGGUCUCCUCUUUUUCCCUCGCCCUACCACACACACUUUUUCUUUUCGGUGCUCUGCGCUGGAGAACUGCUCAGUUAUAAAAAUUGCACAGUUGGAGUCACUGGAGUGACAUCGUUGCCCUUGACAGCACACUUCCCCAUUGGCAAAUCCAGACUGCGGGAGGGUGGUAUCACGACAUAUUCAGGCGAUGUUUUGUUAAGGAGCUUUACCACAGGAAAGUUGUCCUCAAAUUUCACCACCCCAGAUCCUUUUCCCACAUCACCCAACUCCCUCAACCCGCCCCCUCCAAUUGUGUUUUUGUUUUUAUAAUCUCCAAAUUUUUCCCCCUCCCAGCCUGCUGGAGGGGCAGAACACAAACUUAGGGAAAAACUACAAGACGGAAGUCAAAUCAAAUAAGAACACUGAAACUUAGGGGGGAACGCAGCUUCCGGCAGCGAGGAGGAGGGACAAGAAUCCACCUGUUGGAGGACAAUCUCUGCUGCUGCCAUGCACUCUUGCCACCUACACCACCACUGUCGUUGCUGCUGCUGCUUCUCUCCUCAACCUGCUCUCUCUCUCAGUUCCUUCCUUCCUUCCCUCUGCACUGGGACUUCCUUCCGCCGGCUGAAUUCUCUCCUGCCUCAUGCAUCUGGAUGCAACUAUUGUGUCGUUAGUGCUGCAUUGAUAUAUCAGUAUUAUUUAUUUGCUGGUUUCGUUUAUUUAUUUGUUAUUUAAUUUAUUUAAUUAUUUAUUCAUUUGGGUUGCGUGCAUUUGUUGUUCUUUUUUUAAUUUUAAUGCAAAGGAAGAACAUGAAAUGAGAGUUAAAAACAAACAAACUUCCCCUUCCUGUGUGGGUGCGCGUGUGUGUACAACCACUGGUAGUUCAUCGGAGCAAGAUAUGGAGGAGGUAGCACUAUGGGCGAGUGAAAAAACAAAAACAAAACCACAAAGCUACUGUAAACUUCUAAAAGUAUUGCAAGAUAUUUUUAUAAUUUUUUUUUCAAAAGUGGGUGGGUGGGCUGGAACUUCCUUGUGUGUGUUUAAGUUAUUAUUAGGUCUUGGUUAUUAUUUAUAAUGCAUAUAUAUAAAUAUAUAUUUAAAAAUUUAAGCUGUUAGAUAAAUCUUCUGCUUUCAUUACUGUGUAGAGGUAACACUGAUUCCUAUUUAUUUUUGGGGAGGGGGGAAAAGAAUGAUGACAAGACCACUUAACUUCAUCCUCUCACCAAUAUUCCAUUUUUUUGUUUGGCUUCUGUCUUUUUUCUCUCUCCAACUAUCACCAAGUGUAACUCAAUCUGGCCCACAUGCAAAGGUUUCCAAAACCAUGAUCAUAUGUGUCAAAGACAAAAAAGAAGAAGAAAAAAAACAGCAGGAGUAAAUCUCCUUGACCAAUAUCUUUUAAAUGUAGAUUUUAGUAUUAGUGUUCAAUUCUCUUAUUACCUUCAAUUGUUGUUUGUUGAGUUUUUAUGAGUGUAUGUUGUAUUGCAAGGUUUUUUAAAGAUAAUGUUAGAUUUCUCCCUCUUAUUUCCCUUCCCUUUGUUUUUUUAAUUUCAUUUGUCUUUGUUGUUUAUGGAUUCUCCCCACCCUCCCCCUUUCUUGGACCCAUUUUUCUUGUACAUAGGUUUGAAGGGGGAAAUCCCCCCCUUUUUUUAAAGAGACACACAAAAGUGGGAAGGUGUUCCUUUGUUUUGCUUUGUUUUCUAAUCUGGAAAUUUUAUCUUGUAUUGCUGUGUGCAUGUUGGACACAGGAAGGGUGAUGGUUGGAGACGGAGGGAGGGGAGGUUCGGGGGCAGUUUUAAUUGCAUGAUAUUGAUGUAAAUUAGUCUCUUUUGCUUUUGUUGUCUUUUCUGCCUCCACCUUCUGCUUCCCUCCCCCCCAGGCUUCCCUUCCACCACCCUCAGCCCCCUUUCCCCUCUUUUAUCUCCCCUUGUGUAUAGAUUUUGAUGCUUCUGUUACAUUGUACCUCUACAAAAGGCUGGGAUUUCAAUACAGAAUAAUAAAUGCUACUACUACUAAUAAUAAUAGUAAUACAGCAAAACCCAUACAGUACAAGCAGGAAGGGGAUUAUUUACACAAGACAUAAGAAUAAACGAAAGCAAUACCUCUUGUUAUCCUUCCUAUUUUGUACUUUGAAGACACAAACACACACGCACAUGUGGACACACAAACUGACAUUAUUUAACAGUCAAAAUGGACAAAGAAGAACCUUCUGAUGUAUCCCUUGUUAAAUAACUGUGAGCAACUUUAGUUCAAAAAAACAAUAAAUUCAUUCAGUAAAGAUA